AUGGCGCCACUCAAAGUGCUAAUUAGCGGUGGAGGCAUCGCUGGCAACGCACUUGCCUUCUGGCUCUCAAACCUCGGCCACGCUGUCACCGUCGUAGAGAGGUUCCCAACACUCCGGGCCACGGGUCUACAGAUUGAUCUCCGCGGCCACGGCGUCGAAGUGCUGAAGCGGAUGGGCCUCGAGCAGUCCUACCGCUCCGUGUCGCCCCCCGAGCAAGGCCUCCAGAUGGUAGACAGGUCCGGACGCCGGCGGGCAUACUUUCCUGCCAACCGCUCCGGCGAGGGCCUGCAGAGUUUCACGACGGACUGGGAGAUCAUGAGGGGCGAUCUGUGCAGGCUCAUGUAUGACGAAACCAAGGAGCGGGCGAAAUACGUCUUCGGCGCCUCGAUCGAAAGCAUAAAGCAGGAGGGCCUCGGCGGCGGCUCCGUGGAGGUCCGCUUCGCGGACGGUAGAACCGAGCUGUUUGACCUCGUGGUCGGCGCCGAUGGGCAGGGGUCCCGCACUCGCAAGUUGAUGCUCGGCGCAGAGACCGAGGACAAAUUUUUUCCCAUCACUGGCCAAUAUGUGGCCUACUUCACGAUCCCGCGGCCCAUCGAGGAGGGGGAGGAGUAUAUGGCGACGCAGUACCUGGCCACCAACCACCGCGGGGUCAUGCUCCGAAGGUCCCAUCCGGACAAAGUCCAGGUGUACGUCGGCUGCACGGACCGCUCCGAGCCGCUCAAGCACAUCCGCCGCGGUGAUGUCGGGGCCGAGAAGGAGGCGCUGGCGAAGAUCAUGCGCGGCGCUGGGUGGCAGACGGACGAGAUUGUCCGGGCCAUGAUGACAGCCGACGAUUUCUACUGCGAGCGCAUGGGCCUGGUCAAGCUAGAAUCCUGGUCAAAGGGUCAUGUCGCACUCGUCGGCGAUGCUGCUUAUUGCCCUUCAGCGAACACAGGCAUGGGCACAACUUCCGCUUUGGUCGGCGCCUAUAUCCUGGCCGGUGAGAUCGGGAGGCAUUGCGGAAAGGCUGCUAAUGCUGAUGUAGGCGACGGGGUUGCGGCUGCACUGAAGGCAUACGACCAGAAGUUCAGACCGUUUAUGGACCAAGUACAAAAAGGAAUUCUAGAGGGAGAUUCGGGCAUGGUAUACCCGUCCUCGGCGUUUGGUAUUGCCGUUGCACAUUUGUUUCUUGGCCUCGCUUCGUUCUUCAAAUUACCGAUAUUCGGGUGGUUCCUCAAAGAGGAGGUGAAGGACUGGGAUCUCCCAGACUAUCCGGAGAUGAUAUUUUAUCAUUUUGAUUGGUCGACCUUAUACUGCUACGAAGCAGGGCUCUAUACGUGUAUCUCCCAUGGUGUCGCCCAGAAGAGCACCGGUGUAGCUGCCUUGCAUGAAAAGACCACAAACUGCCGGGCAACUCUGCAUAUUGAGGUUAAGCAAGUACUGUUCGAGAUCAACACAUCUCAUAAUUAUUCCCACCCCGAACCGUCGCAACUUUCCUGA